GCUGGACGAAAAUGGGCAACACGAUUUCUCGGAAUUUUGGCAUCUCACGAAGUGGAUCAUUUCGUUGACUGGGGAAUGAAAUUAAUGAUUGCUCAGCUUGCAGAUCCAUCGGCAAAAGUUAUCCGACACACCUUACGGCUGUUGCAUCGUUGGAUUCCACAGUACCCGGGAAGUAUUCAUCUGAUCAAAGAUAUACAAUUUGAAACAUUUGGAAGUGCUGGAACACUACUCAAAGCACAUCUUUUCGCUGAUGAAGUCUACGUAAAGAGCAAUCUUUCUGAAUCAUUAGUGGCGCUGGAUCACUGGAAAAAGGUCUGA